AUGCAGGCUGCUGCCGCUGCCGCCGAGGCCGCACAGACUCGUGGUGGUGUUUCGGGUGAGGGUGGACGUGAUCGCGACCGAUCAUUGACCUCACCCAACUCAUCCCAAGUGUACAUAAACAACUAUUCAAUAUCUCCGACUGCUUCACAGAACUACUCAACCAACAGAUUGUCAAUAGUUGAAGAGUACCAACAUGGAUCAUGGUCAUACAUCAAUGCCAGUGUGAACAACUCAAUGGAGGGCAAUGUAGAUGGUUCGCCAAUCUUGGAAACUAGUCUCAACAGCUUUGUCAAUGAGCAUGGACCCAAUCCAGAUGGAUCAACACUUCGCCGAAAGAAGAUACCUCGCAAGAAUGAGGAUAGGAAAGUGAUCAGAUUAGUUAGGAACCUCGCCAUAAGUGAUCUUCUGGCAUCACUUUCAGUAUUGGUAUCACGUAUACUAUUCCUAAAGUAUAACAAUCACUUUGUAACAUCAACUGGAGGAUUCAAAGACGUAUCACUAUGUUCCAUCUCAAGUGGCUUCAUCGCAUUCUCAUUCCUAGCGUCAUGUUGUUGGACAACAGUAAUAUCAUUCCAUAUCUAUCGUAUAAUAGUCAAGUCACGUACCAAGAAGUAA